CCCCAAUUCGGGUCGGGUUCACCUCGCCUCGUCGUCCGCCGCCGCCGCCGCCGCCGCCGCCAUGAGCAACGCGAAGGAGAACUUCAACAUGGCCGAUCUCACUGCUGCUCUCAACGACGAGGAUCGAGCUGGCCUCGUUAAUGCUCUCAAGGAUAAGCUACAGACUUUGGCUGGGCAGCACUCGGACGUGCUCGAGAGCCUCGCGCCCAAUGUCCGGAAGCGGGUGGAGGUCCUGAGAGAGAUCCAGAGCCAGCAUGACGAACUAGAGGCGAAAUUCUUUGAGGAGAGAGCUGCACUUGAAGCGAAAUACCAAAAGCUUUAUCAACCUCUGUACACAAAAAGAUACGAUAUUGUGAAUGGUGUUGUGGAAGUGGAAGGAGUUACUAAUGAGCCAGCAAAGGAGCAAGAGGAGGACAAAGCCGAUGAAGAGAAAGGAGUCCCUAAUUUCUGGGUCGCUGCUAUGAAAAACAAUGAAGUUUUAGCUGAGGAGAUCUCUGAGCGUGAUGAAGGCGCUCUCAAAUAUCUCAAAGACAUUAAGUGGUGUAGAAUAGACGACCCCAAAGGGUUUAAACUUGAGUUCUUCUUCGAUACAAACCCCUACUUUAAGAACUCUGUCUUGACGAAGAUCUAUCACAUGAUAGAUGAAGACGAACCUAUUCUGGAGAAAGCAAUUGGGACGGAGAUAGAAUGGUAUCCAGGAAAAUGCUUGACGCAGAAGCUCCUCAAGAAAAAGCCGAAGAAAGGGUCAAAGAAUGCGAAGCCUAUCACUAAAACAGAAAAUUGUGAAAGUUUUUUUAAUUUCUUUAAUCCGCCCCAAGUCCCCGAUGAAGAUGAAGACAUUGAUGAAGAGACUGCUGAGGAACUUCAGAAUCUGAUGGAGCAAGAUUAUGACAUUGGGUCAACCAUCAGGGACAAGAUCAUUCCACAUGCAGUCUCAUGGUUUACAGGGGAGGCUAUUCAAGGAGAAGAGUUCGAAGAUCUAGAAGAUGAGGAUGAUGAUGAAGAUGUUGACGACGAUGAGGACGAAGACGAAGAUGAGGAAGAUGAGGAAGAAGAAGAAGACACAAGCAAGAGUAAAAAGAAGUCAUCCGGACCGAAGAAGGCUUCCAGAGCAGUGGCUGGGGAUGCCCAACAGGGAGAGAGGCCUCCAGAGUGCAAGCAACAGUGAUGUUUUGCUCUACCGAAAUCGCAAGAGUCUGAUACUGGUCAUUGCCGAUUGAGUGGGGAUGGGGUGAAUGGGGUGUUUGCAGUUUUGUUCUGUCUAGUUUGUUUCUCUUCUGGUAUGUGGGGUGAUUGAUUGAGGAAAUUUCUAUUGUGGUAUAGUCGUUCGCUCAAUUUGGGAGGUGUGACUCAUGUGUCGACAUGCGCAGGGAAAAGCUCAGGACGUGUCUCUAGGGAACUUAAAGUCGUAGCAUAUCAUGUGUUUUAAGUUAUCUGCUUUAGGGAUCUUCAUAUCUUCAAUUUUGUUCCAACGAAAUGUCUCCUUAGUGCUAUUGUAUCUGUGAUCAUCGGACCACCGAUUAUUUGGUAUUAAAAGGUCAAUUCAUAGUA